AUGGACAAUCCCAUGUUUUUCCGCGGAUUACUGGAUUCCGGAAGUACUUGUAAUCUGAUAACGUGUCAGGCAGCCUCAUUGCUAGGAGCAAGACGUUAUCAUUCAAACAUUAAAAUUGCUGGUUUAUCACAGCAUGCCUCUAACACACGUGGCAUGUUAUCUCUUCAAGUCAACACUUUGUCAGGUCAGCUCAUAGCUCCUGAUCAGGAGUUCCACAUCUUGGAUAAAAUAUCUGUGAACCUCCCAAGGGCGAAAAUAAGUCCAGAGUUGUCGCAUCUAGUUAAGCAUUACACCUUAGCGGAUCCGACUUUUGACACCCCUUGCGGCAUUGAUGUAUUGUUGGGUGGAACCAUAAUACCCACUGUCUUCACACAAGAAAAUCAUAGUUUAGGACCGGGACUGCCACAUCUGAUCGGCACUCAGUUCGGCUUCAUACUUAUGGGAACAGCUCCUUGUGUCACCCCGACAGAGCCAGUUAGUAACUAUUCGAUUGCACUUUUGUCUACUCACGACAACUCGCUUCACACAGCAUUACAAAAAUUUUGGGUUCAAGAGGAACCGCCUAUCAUCAAUCACAAAAGCAUUGAAGAAACAAAGUGUGAUGAACUUUUUGAUAGUACUCAUACGCGAAAUGGAGACGGACGGUAUGUUGUUAGAUUACCGUUCAAAACAGAACCCAGCUGUUUAGGCUCAUCUCGAGCAGCCGCAGAAAGACGUUUUGUAUCCUUAGAAAGGAAGUUUCAAACCCAACCACAAUUCGCUGAACUGUACAGGAAUUUUAUGAAAGACUACAAAGCAACAGGUCAUAUCACACUUUUGGAUAAACAUCACGCCGAUGAACCACACUACUAUUUACCCCACCACGGAGUAAUAAAGGAAAGCAGCUCUACUACCAAGCUAAGGACUGUUUUUGACGCAAGCAACAAGACCACUUCAGGUUUGUCCUUGAACGACGUGCUACUAACUGGAAGGAAACUACAACCAGACAUUUCCAGUAUUUUAAUAAACUUCCGCUCUCACGCUAUAGUGUUUUCAUGUGAUAUAAAACAAAUGUAUCGACAGAUCUUAGUGCAUCCUGAAGAUCAAAACUUUCAGUUAAUCUUGUGGCGAGAUACUCCGGAACAAGAGAUAUCUACUUUUAAGCUAACAACAGUGACAUAUGGGAUGAACAGUUCUCCAUAUUUAGCAAUCAAGACUCUCUCGCGGCUAGCAGAGGACGAAGGACACGCCUUCCCGGACGCAGCCUACGCAUUGAAGCAUCACACCUACAUAGAUGACAUUGUGACAGGAAGUGCUUCACUAGAAUCAGCUAUCCAACUGCAAGACCAACUCAUCCAGCUACUGGCGAAGGGAGGAUUCGAGUUGAGAAAAUGGGCUUCGAACGAACCCCGACUUCUGGACAGACUACCAGCUACUCAUCGUGAGACGCCUCGCUUUCUGCAGGACUCACAAUCUACGCAGUUCUCUAUUUUAGGUCUCCAUUGGGAUCCAGUUGAAGAUUGCUUUCGCUACAAUUUCAAACAUCAGAGAGGUAGCUUAACUAAGAGACAUGUGUUAAGUUUAAUAGCCAGAUUGUAUGACCCGUGCGGCUUCUUAUCACCACUGAUAAUGGUAGCGAAAAGUUUUAUGCAGCUCCUUUGGACACGAGGGCUCCAAUGGGACGAACAAUUGCCACCUGAACUAGCUGAAAAAUGGCUAUUGUUUGUGAACGACACACGGGAUCAUCUGGGUGACAUCAAAAUCGAUCGCGUAUUUCCCCUCCACGCCGCCAGCAGCGUAGAACUUCAUGGGUUUUGUGACGCGUCUGAAAAAGGCGUCGCAGCCGUCAUUUUUAUCAAGUGUAACCAAAUGAAUGAGGCCCCAGUGAUAAGACAAGUCAUGUCGAAAACUAGAGUAUCUCCAUUAAAGAAGAUCACAAUACCACGCCUUGAACUCUGCGCAGCACAUCUGCUGUCAAAAUUAGCUACUUAUUGCAUUCAACAAUUCAGCAAUAUUACUUUCAAUCAUGUCAUGUUAUGGAGUGACUCAACCGUAGCUCUACACUGGAUAAAAACACCACCGUAUCAGUUGAAAACAUAUGUAGCAAAUAGAGUGGCAGAAAUUCAGAACACAUUUCCGUCACGGUUUUGGAACUAUGUCACAUUAAGCGACAAUCCGAGUGACGUCGGAUCACGUGGCCUAUUAGCAUCACAAUUGAAAAACCAUACACUAUGGUUCGAAGGUCCCCAGUGGCUAAAACUGGACCGACAAACGUGGCCUCAUUUCACCUUCUUUGAAGAUAAAAGGGAAAUCGAGAGAGAAACUAAAGAGACUCCUCUGAGCGUAUUACAAAGCUCUAUUGUUGAACAUUGGGAAAUAUUCACCAAAUGUUCCUCUUGGAAUAAAUUGAUCAGAAUUAUGGCCUAUAUUUUAAGAUUCAUCAACAAUUGUAAAAAUGGAUCUUCAACUGACAAAUCAAAACUAUUGUCUGUUAUUGAAUUGAAAACAGCUAAACAAAAAAUCUUUAAGCUUGUACAGCAAACAGCUUUUUCUUCAGAAUAUUUGUUGUUAAAAAAGAAUGAGCAGUGUAACAACGCAAUCCGGAAAUUGCAGCCUUUCAUCGAUGAGGCGGAUGUUAUUCGCGUAGGCGGCCGGCUAAAAAAUAGCCGUCUAAACUAUGAGUCACGACACCCCGUGCUACUACCAAAACAACACCCAGUAGUAAACUUGAUUAUCGAUUACUACCACCGGAUACACCUGUAUUUCGGACCACAGCUGACUCAGGCUCUUCUCUCACAAGAGAUAUGGAUCAUCUCUGCUCGCAGUGCCAUACGUUCACGUAUUUUCAAAUGUACUACGUGCUUUCGUCACAAGCCUAGAAAUAGAACACCACUGAUGGGUGACCUACCUGCCUCUCGGGUUACACCCUCAAGGCCAUUUCAGUCUACAGGAGUAGACUACGCCGGACCCUUUUGUGCGCGAGUGCAUCAUCUCAAAGCUCUUAGACAAAUAAAAGUCUAUUUGUGUAUUUUUAUAUGCAUGGUAACCAAGGCUGUGCACAUUGAGUUAGUGACAGAUUUAACCACCGAAGGAUUUUUAGCAGCAUUAACCCGUUUUGUAUCACGACGCGGUCUGUGCUCAACAAUCUAUUCAGACUGCGGAACUAACUUCAUUGGUGCAGAAUCAUCUUUGAAAAAAAUAUUAAGUGAAACCGUGAAAGCCUCAACGGCUAUGGACAAAAUUUCACAUUUUGCGAGUUUAAAGGGCAUAGACUUUCGUUUUAAUCCUCCAGCUGCCCCUCAUCAAGGCGGACUCUGGGAAAGUGCCGUAAAAAGUGCUAAACACCAUCUCCGAAGAGUAAUGGGAGAAACAAUCUUAACUCUUCCUGAAUUCAUGACGUUAACGGUUCAGGUUGAAGCCAUGCUUAACUCAAGGCCGUUAACUCCACUCAGCGCUGAUCCAUCAGACCUAUCAGCCUUGACUCCAGGUCAUUUUUUUGAUUGGGACUCCGCUUGCCGCUCUACCGGAAGCUGA